AUGCACUUUACCACUGUUCUUACCGCCGUCCUCUUCGCCAUUAGCCAUCUCCCCUUCUCCUUAGCAAGUGUGAUUGACUUUUCACCUGCCCCAAUCUCCCUCUUUAAACGUGACCUCGCGAGCUUGUGCCAACCAAGCGCUGGUGUCUCAAACCUCGUCGAUUCGCCAUUUCCAUGCAACAAGAUGCAAGGCGUGAUGCAGAUCUGCGGAUUGAGCGUUGAUCUUGAUGGCCUAAACCCUACGGCCGAUCACCUCAGUGAGCAGCAGAAGUGUCUCUGUGACUCUAAUGGCAAGGGGUACGAUGUUUGGCGAUACACACAGGGAUGCAGCAAUUGCCUUCGCCUGCAUGGAGGAGGGUUUUUGAACCAGGACGAAAUCAACGCUGAGUCUUCAUCGUACUGCAGCGCUUCCGCAACGGUCCCAUUCGAAAGUUUCAGGGCCAACUUUGCUUAUUCAAUUUUCUCGACGGAGACGACACAAUCCGAUGUUCUAAGCACCCGCACUGAAGUCAACUUAUAUUGGACUGAUACUGUGGGAAAGGCAGGUGCCACUCCAACCAACAAGGCAACGACUACUUCAAAUGGAGGCACGACACCGACUUCGACGGGAGCAGCUACCGCUGCUGCAACUUCAAGUAGUGCAGCGCAAGUAUUGGGAUACACCAACCUACUGGGCGUAGUUGUUGCGACUUGCUGCACUUUUGUAAUAUCUCUGGUCUAA